AUGACUGCGACGCAUAAAUUCAGCGAAGGCGAAAUUGACAAAUUCGGACAGGCGCUCAACGAUACCAAGCGUCCCCUGAAAGCUCGCUUUCGUGCUUUGUUCAUACUCCGAAACAUUGGAUGCGAUCGGUCGGUUGAAUGGAUCGGAAAAUGUUUGAAUGACGAAUCGGCUCUACUGAAGCACGAGUUGGCAUACUGUUUGGGUCAGAUGCAAAACAAGAGCGCCAUCCCGACAUUAGUCAGUGUUCUUGAAGAUGAAAAACAAGAACCAAUGGUGCGACACGAAGCAGGAGAAGCACUCGGAGCUAUUGCUGAUCCAUCCGUCAAAGAAGUAUUGAGAAAGUAUGCUCAAGAUCCAUGUCCAGAAGUGUCUGAAACGUGUCAAAUCGCCCUUGGCAGAGUUGAAUGGGUGGAAAAUAGUGGAAAAGACACGAACAGUCCUUAUGAUAGUGUUGAUCCAACUCCAUCUGCAUCGAUUUCUGAUGUAGGCGAGCUUGCAGCAACACUUGUUAAUGUCUCCCUACCACUAUUUGAUCGAUACCGUGCCAUGUUCAGUUUAAGAAACAUUAACAGUGAUGAGUCUAUUAAAGCUCUGGCACAAGGUCUCUACUGUGAAGACAGCGCACUCUUCCGACACGAAAUCGCUUACGUUCUUGGACAAGUUCAAUCUCCUGUUGCUAUCAAAGAACUCAAGGAUCGUCUUUUGUUGUCAACAGAGAACUGUAUGGUUCGUCAUGAAUGCGCUGAAGCUCUCGGUGCCAUCGCGAAUGAAGAAUGCACUAAUAUAUUGAAGCAAUAUGUCAAUGACGAAGAACGAGUCGUCCGUGAGAGCUGUGAAGUAGCCUUGGAUAUGGCUGAAUAUGAGAACAGCUCUGACUUGCAAUAUGCACAUGUUUGA